GCUGCUUCGUUUUUCUCACAGUGCCCGCCGUGCAAGCGGUUUGAGGAUGUGGUUGAGCGGCUCAAUUGUCGAUUUUCCAAGAAGCGUCUGGUCAAUGCCGCAGAGGUUGUUGUUGAAAAGCUGCUUGAGCAUGGAAAUGAUGCAGAGAUGACAAGGCAGGCAGUGCGAGAUGCUGCCAGGGUUGAAAUCGGUGAUACUGGUCUCCUCGACUUUGUCAUCAAGUCUGUUGGUGACACCGUUGUUGGCAACCAUGUUGUCUUCCGUCUGCACAACACUGCAACGCGUGUGCUCGAGUUCAGCCUUGAGGAAUUGGAAGAGCCAGUGCAGAUGGAUGUUGAGGUACAGAACACCCGUCCUGCAGCACAGUGGCCGAGCGCAGUGGAUGUUGAGCGGGAUCUGCGUGCUGUCUACCGGGCAAUGGUGGAGGCGCUAAGUGAGGCAGCACAGGCCGUGCUGGACUGCAAGGACUGGGUCAAGUGCUGGGGCCUUGGGGAUGAGUCUGACGAUCAGCUAAGGUUCCUCGUUGAGUGGCGACCGCAACCUUGGGAAGCUGCUGAGCUCACACGGCCACUGCCGUCAGGGGAGAUCAUUGUGGUGCCAGUCCAUACAUCGAUAGGCGAGCUUAUCAUCCAGGCAGAGCAUGCGCUGAGGGACACAUACUGCUUCUUCGAGGAGUUCCAGGCUGAGACGCUCGACGGCAUUACUGGUGAGAAGUGGGAUCCGGUGGUGCUUGGUGGGGCAGAGUCUGGGGACACAAUCGGCGUGCAUGGCCACGGGGCGGACAUGGAGACCGGGCUACGAUGCCAGGGCGGGCUUGACACGUGGGAGGUGAGGUGCGUGUGUGGUGCGCAGGACGACGACGGCGAGCGCAUGGUGGCGUGCGAUGCUUGCGAUGUAUGGCACCACACCCGGUGUGUCGGCAUCGCGGACAGCGAAGCGGUGCCGCCAUUGUUCCUGUGCAUACUCUGCGGCGGCGUGCUCCUAGCAGCCGGCCCGAUUCUGGAGGAGGCACUAACGCUAGCCAAGUGACCAUUAUUUCUCUUUCAGUUGCUGCUCCUGGGUUCAUGAUGUUCAGGCACUGAUGGUAGUGUAAUACCGGUUGUGAACCCUUUUUCUCUUGUGUAAAGCGCGUUGUUGUGGUAUGAUUGGUACUUCAACUCGGGUGUGGUAAUGUUGGUACAAGUCAGAAGUUAAUGUGUAGAAGUAGUAGAUGAUGAUGAUAUGAGGGGAUCAGUAGACAGUAGAUGGGGAAGUAGCUAGCCCCAUCCAAUCCAUGUCGGUUUGCAAUCCGGCUGGAAAUUUUGUUAGUACCUGAUGCAUCACAGAACAUGAUAUAGCUAGCUAGAUGUACAUACAUGUUCUGUGAUUGUAUCCUGUAUACUGUCUCUGAAUCCCUCCCAAGUAUUAUAUACAGACAAAUAAAGUCAUAUUAUGCUGGUGUGCUGUUGGUUU